AUGCAGUUCUCGAGACUUGUCAGAUUCCUGGCCAAAGACGGCAAGACAUACUACGGCGAUGCACUCUUACCAUCGGGAGCUACCGACUUGACAGGAGUGGCUCAGGCCAAGGUUAUUCAGGGCACACCAUGGGGACAGCACCAUGUAACGGAGCGUAUCCUUGAUGUGCAAAGACUCCUAGCACCACUAGCAAGGGAAGACAUCAGGACUGUACGCUGUCUCGGACUCAACUACGAGCAGCAUGCUAUUGAAUCUAACAUGCCCAUCCCGAAAUACCCUGUCCUCUUUUACAAGCCCGUCACUUCCGUUGCAGGCCCAUUCGACAACAUCCAAGUCUCUGCCGCUGCCCAAGAAGGAGAAGGUCUGGAUUACGAGUGCGAGCUUGUCGCUGUGAUCGGUAAGGAGGGUAUCAAUAUUUCCGAAGCCCAGGCGUUGUCGCAUGUGGCAGGUUAUGCUGUGGGAAAUGAUGUAUCCCACCGCGAUUGGCAGCUGAAGCGCGGCGGUGGUCAGUGGGGUCUCGGUAAAGGCUUUGAUGCAUGGGCUCCAAUCGGUCCUGCCAUUGUCGGUACCAGCCUGAUCUCGGAUCCGCAAAAUUUGAGGAUUACCACAAAACUCAACGGUGAGACUGUGCAGGAUAGCAACACUGGCGAUAUGAUAUUUGGAGUUGCAAAGGCUAUCAGUAUCUUGAGUCAAGGCACAACUUUGCUGCCUGGUGACCUCAUAUUCACCGGAACUCCACAAGGCGUUGGUAUGGGCCGCAAGCCUCAGGUAUGGCUGAAAGAUGGCGACGUUGUGGAAGUCAACCUGGAAGGUGUUGGCAGUUGCAUUAACAAGGUCCAAUUCGAAGGAAAGAGCAGAGCACGUUUGUGA